AUGCUUUCCUCGUCUUCUUCUUCGCGAGUCUUAGCGCAAGUUACGGUCAAACUAUAUCAUGCGAAAUUUAGCGGGAUGGAAUACGAUUGGCAGUAUUUCAAUCAGCGGGGCACUAUUCAGUUCUGUCUGAAUAACUCUGAAGCCGACGCCGAGCUUUUUACCACAGAGGAGAGCGCCAGUCCUAAGCUUAUUCAGGCUAAUUACUGGUUUCGCCUCCGAGAUGAAUUGUCAGGAAAGAUUUUAUGGACCUUUUCGAUACCAGAGGAAUGUAUAUAUCACAUCGAAAAACCCUUUUUUCAUAUCUUCAACGGUAGGAGCAGGAUGUGGGGAUUCCUAUUCGAUAGAGAUGAAGAUGGAUAUAUUUUCGGGCAGAGUGUGCAGACGCAUUUACCUACACAAGACUCGCAAAUGAAAGUUCGCAAAUCACCUUCCAAAUAUUCUGGACGUGCACCAAGUGUUCGUUCUGAAAGAUCUGCGAUAUCCAGAUUUGAAAAUUUUGGAUUUUCAAAUGCAAGCGCUGCCACUUUGGCUCCACAAGUGUCGCCUGAACACAAACCUCGACUACCAAUGAUGGGACUUUCUACAUCCAUUAUCUCACUUCCCCAAACCAAUUCUUUUUUGCACAUCGGACACAUCGGACUUAGCAGAGACGGUGUAAUCGAGUGCUCAGAAGGGAUAAACCCUUCGUGGUCGAAGGUAAUAACAGAGCUGCAGACUCACGCCAGUCUCGUACCAGAAGCGCUCAAGCGCAAGGAGUUUUUCAAUAAUCUUAGGUCGGGAAUAAAGAGACUCGGGCCUGCGACUGUGCGCUCAGGUCGUUCGUGA